AUGAAGGCUGCACACUUGGAGCGGUGGCGCAGCUACAAACGGACAUCUAGAAGUUGUCCGGUGGCUGCUUGGGAAUCGGCCAGAAGGUUGUUCCGCGCCAGCGCCAUCGAAUCUGCUGCCAGCGGAGGGCUUCUUGAAAUCGUGCAGUGGCUUACGAAGGAGAGCAAGGCUUGCAUUACAGAUGCCAUGGAAGGAGCGGCGGGUAAUGGUUAUCUGCACGUCAUGAAAUGGCUACACAUGAACCGGAAUGAGGGGUGCACAACGGGGGGGGUCAAUGGAUCAAGCGGCGAAGCUCGGCCCCUUGGAACCAUGGACGCUGCCGCAGGACAUGGCUACUUGGACUUGGUUCGAUGCCUGCACGCUAAUACUUCUGAGAGCUGCACAGCCGCAGUCAUGGACGCUGCUGCCGCGAACGGCCACUUGGAGAUGGUCAAGUGGUUGCAUACACACAGAACGGAAGGCUGCACCAGGCAAGCCAUGGAUAGCGCUGCAGUCAGCGGACACCUGAAUGGCUACAUAGAAGUCGUCAAGUGGCUACUCCAGAAUCGCAGUGAAGGCUGUUCACCUCGGGCUAUCAAUUCCGCCGCCGCCGGUGGCCACCUAGAAAUUGUGCAGUGGCUGACGAAUUACGGCAACACGUGCGCUACGGAUGCUAUGGACGUCGCGGCAUGUAAUGGGCAUUUGCACGUGGUAAAGUGGCUACACGCGAACCGGAGUGAGGCAUGGCUGGUAUGAAGACUUAAGGAAGCGCUGUUCCCCACGAAACGACGAAUCCAUUAACCUCAGGAACCGAGGUUUUAAGGUUCAAACGCAUGAAAACUUAAGCGGGAGGAAGCGAACGAAGGUUUAACUUAUUCG